UCAGAUGUGUACGGAACUCUAUUCACUCGGGACUAUUGACGGAUUACAGAAAAAGGAUCGAGAUUUUCGGAUAAAGUUACUUCAGCGAGAUAUGCAUUUGUGAAGCUAAGUGAUGCUGUAGUUUGAAGAAGUUUGACGUUGUUUGUAAUGUUUAAACGGUGUUUAAAUGAGGUGCCCUGCCCACCCUGAACACAUGUGUUUUAGGAAGUUGGAGAGGAGUCGGAGAUUGAAACAGGAUUAGUGUCUUAGUGAUAUAUAAUGUUCGUGGCUGUUAUUUGGACCCUUACCCUUUUCAAGUUCUCAUAUGGAUCUGGGAACUUCGAAAUCCAGAUCAAUAAAUUCCAAAAUGCUCGUGGUGAGUUAGGAAACGGGAGUUGCUGCGAUGGAGGGCCCAACGGACAGGGUGUUUGUCAAAACCAGUGUGAAACAUUCGUGAGGUUGUGCCUCAAGGAGUAUCAAACGAGGGUCACAACUGAUGGAUCUUGCACUUUUGGGAAUAUAUCUAGCCGGAUUCUGGGAGGUAAUUCCUUCACCUACCCUGAGGAUAGCAACAGUACCCUUAUUUUGCCCUUUGAUUUUGCCUGGACGAGAUCAUUCACCCUGAUCUUGACUGCAUGGGACCAUGACGACACAGGUUCCUUGGCACCAUACGGUGGCCUCAUCACAAAAACAACUCACUCAGGAAUUAUAUUACCCAGCCCGGAGUGGCACACGUUAAAAUCGAAUAAGCCCACAGCUAGUCUUGUAUACAGGGUGCGUGUCAUGUGUGACAAGAACUAUUACAAUACGACAUGUACCAAAUUCUGCCGUCCAAGAAAUGAUCGCUUCGGACAUUACACAUGUGAUGCCAAUGGAGAUAAGCGGUGUAUGGAGGGCUGGAUGGGGGCAAACUGUGAAACAGCAAUCUGUCGAACAGGAUGUCACUCCGUGCACGGUUCAUGUAGUCGGCCGGGAGAAUGUCGGUGUGGCUAUGGCUGGCAAGGGCCUCUCUGUGAUCAGUGCAUCCCAUAUCCCGGUUGUAAACAUGGCUCGUGUCAAGCCUCACCCUGGCAGUGUAUUUGUGAUCUCAACUGGGGAGGAAUGCUCUGUGACAAAGAUUUGAACCCAUGUGGCCGGUUUGAGCCAUGUCAGAACAACGGUGUCUGCCACAACACGGCCAUGGACGAAUACAGAUGUGAAUGUCCGGAAGGAUUCACAGGACAGAAUUGUGAAAGAGCACAACACGCUUGUUCGUCUGACCCAUGUCAGAAUGACGGGACAUGUAUGGAAUUCAAUGGUGCUUUUGUAUGUACUUGUCUUCCUGGUUGGAGCGGACAAACAUGUAACAUCAACGUGGACGAAUGUGAAUCAAACCCAUGCUUAUAUGGAGGAAGCUGCAUGGACCUGAUCAAUGGCUACCAAUGUAAAUGUCUCCCCGGCUGGCAAGGACCAAGAUGUCAGCUUGACUCGGAUGAAUGCAGCGGAAGUCCAUGUGUCAAUGCCUACGCUUGCCGGAAUCUUGUCGGCGACUAUAUCUGUGACUGUCAGCCAGGAUGGAAUGGCAAGAACUGUGAUCAGAACAUGAAUGACUGCGUCGGCCAAUGUCAGAACAAGGCGACUUGCAAGGACUUCGUCAACGACUAUGUGUGUACCUGUAGGCCUGGCUUCAUUGGACGGCACUGCGAGACUAACAUUGAUGACUGUGCCAGCAACCCGUGCCAGCACAAGGGCAGAUGUGUUGAUCAGAUUGGAGGGUACCAUUGUGUCUGUCCCAAAGGUUACUCAGGCCUUCAGUGUCAGGUUGAUAUUGACCUCUGUGACCCGAACCCCUGCCACCAUGGUGCCAGUUGCUUCAACAUGCCAGGGGACUACUACUGUCUGUGCACUGAUGAGUAUCAGGGCAAGAACUGCUCCAAGAAGAAGGACUACUGUGAGAACCAUGCCUGCCAGGUUGUUGAUAGUUGUACCAUCUCCAUCCCUACAAACGGGAGCAACGGUGGAACGCGACUAAUAUCAUCGAAUGUCUGCGGCCAGCAUGGAACGUGCAUCAGUCAGACGGACGGAAGUUUCACUUGUGGGUGUGAACAUGGAUACAGUGGGAAAUACUGUCAUGAAAAUAUCAAUGACUGCAGUGACAACCCCUGUCAGAACCAAGGCACAUGUGUGGACGGAGUCAACUUCUUCCAGUGCAUCUGUAAGGAGGGCUGGGAAGGAGAGCUCUGUAAUAUAAACCACAACGAUUGUGAUCCAAACCCAUGUCGGAAUAACGCUACAUGUAUGGACCUGGUGGCGGACUUCUCCUGUGGAUGUCAGGAUGAUUGGAAAGGCAAGACUUGCAACUUGAAAACAACCCAUUGUGACAGUCAGACAUGUUCUAACGGAGGCACCUGCACCGAUCUUGAGGACACAUUUACAUGUAUCUGUCCGGCCAACUGGGAAGGCAACACGUGUCAUCUGCCCAAGAACUACAGCUGUGACUCAAGCCCAUGUCAAAACGGAGCCACGUGUGUGAACAGCGGAGACAGCUUUACGUGCAUCUGCAAGGAGGGGUACGAGGGGACUACGUGUGCGAAGAACAUUAACGACUGCAACCCACAUCCUUGCUACAACAAUGGUAAAUGUGUUGAUGGCGUCAACUGGUAUGUCUGUGAGUGCUCCAAGGGAUUCACUGGACCCGACUGCAGAAUAAAUAUAAACGAGUGUCUAUCAAACCCAUGUACCUAUGGUAGUAGUUGCAUUGAUGGCAUUGGCAUGUUCAACUGUGUCUGUCCUAAAGGAAGGACGGGGGAUCGCUGUGAACAAGUUGUUGGUAAAAAGCCUGUUCCUCAAGCAUGCAGGUUCAACCGCAGGAUGUACCCGAACAACAGCACCUGGGAACAUGAGUGUAACUCAUGUCAGUGCAUUGACGGUGUCGUUGAAUGCAGUAAGAUCUGGUGCGGACCCCAGAACUGUUUGAUCCACCCAAAUCUCACUGAACCGGUUGUGACGUGCAAGAAGGACCAAACGUGUGUGGUACAGACUGAGGAGACAUGCUUUACACCACCAUGCCUCCCCUGGGGGCAGUGCAAGAACCUGAAUGCCAUCAUGGACCCAAAGCCGGCAGGAAUUGAAACAAGAUGUCUACCAAAUAAUGACUACCUUGACAACAACUGUGCAAAGAUUACAAUUGUCUUCAACAAAGCUAAAAUGCCAACAGGAAUAUCAGUUGAAAAGAUCUGUGACUCUUUACGACACCUCCCCAUCCUGAAGUUACUGGCCAAGGAGAAAGCUCUCAUCAUGUUGUGCGACAUACAGAGAGGCAAGACGGAUUCCAUCGAAGUCACUGUGACAACUACGGAGGUGCUGCCACCUGAUAGUACCGAGCGGAACCCAGUUGUGCAUGAUGCGGUCGGCCGCGUCGCAGAUUACAUCAGCCGUAAAGCGGGUAACAGCAGUGCCCUGGCAGCGAUCAUCAAGGUCCAAGUGGAGACGACGAUCAUAAACAGCAAUCGAGAUAGACCAUCUGGUUAUCUCAUUCCCCUAAUCUGUUCCCUGAUGGGACUCCUUGGACUCAUCGCAAUAGGAUUCUUAGUGUGCUGGCAUAAUAGGCGUCAAAAGCAGUUACGCCGCUGUGAGAUAGUCGCACAAGAACAAAAAUCGAAUAACGAAAAUGAGGAAAAUUUACGCCGAUAUCGAAAUCCAUUGUUUGAAACCGACAAAGGUGGAGGGACAGGGAAACAGGCUUCGACAGAAAUGAUCGAGAUAGACUUAGAAAAGUAUGAAAAAAGUCCGCAACGGCGGAUCAUACUUCAUAAAGAAAAUGACAAUAAUGAUUACAAUGACUCAAAACAAAAUACUCCUAUGAAAGUGACAAAGAAGAAGGAGUGCAACCUUGAAAUCUCAAGAACUUUAAUGGACAGAGACCGUGAUUUAGGGGUGUAGCCUUCGUAUGUCAUUGUGUGUAACUUUGUUCAUUUUCAUGGCUAGAACUGCCCCGUGAUCAUACAGGUUCAUCGAGCUCUAUACGGGCCCUGCCCUGUCAGUCUAAGCCGAGGCAGUGUGGUUCCGUUUGGAAUGUGAAACCAUGACAACGAAGAGAAUGAGAGCAGACUGUAUCUCACCUCUAGUGAUAGAGUACUUCAGUGUUCGAUAUAAGGAUUCGGAACAGAUUGGAGAAGGACUUUGACCUUGCUUUGACCUUCUGCAGAGGUCAAGGUCACAUCAUCAUAGAUGGACUAAGAUGAGGGAAUGUGCAAUUGUCUGCUUGUUUCUAUGUUGUGUGUAUCAGAGACGACAUCAUCUCGUGUAGACUGUCUCUCAGAUGUGCUUUAUCAAAAGUUGGGCGCCGAAGGGAUUGCUGCCGAUAUACAUGCUAUCAUUAUAGAGUUACCAGCCAACUUGCAUUAUCGACUAUGCUGUAUAAACAACAGAAUGUCAUUGAAAUGUGGUGUAACAUCUUGAGUAAAGCAUCUCUUUCAAAUGCUUACUUUCCUGGUCCUGGACCUUGAUGGCCUACUUUUGUUCGUUUAGGUUUCACAAUUGAAUCAAACUUGACAUUUUGUUGUCUAAGUUUCCAUAAUUUUGCAUACGCUCGACAAUAAAACCCAGAUGAAUUCCUGACUAUGUUCGUUCAUGCUAACCUUGUCCCCUUCAAUGUUCAUAAUGUUCAAUCUAGGUCAGAAAAAUGUAUUCACAGGGUACAAGGUUAGCUGGCUGACAUCUUCGUGAUAUGACUUAGAUUUUUGGGAAGACAUUUUUACUUUUAUAUUGUAUUUUAUAAUCCAUGAUCACGUAGUAUUAAAGUUUAAUUAGGGGACUGGUCUUCCGUUAUACAAUCUCGAAUGUGAUGCUGGUCUUGCCGUACUACCAACAGUGUGCUACAACGAGAGCAUUUCUGACCGGCACCAGUUUAUACCCCCUGGUGGAGUAAGGCAUGUGAGGCACAGACACCUUCCCAGAUUCAUACAGCGACAGUGGGGAAUGAACCAGGAAGCUUGUGACCACUGGUGAGAGAUUUGAGCCACUACACCACCACGGCUCCUGUUCACCUGGAAACAGCGUUUUAGGUAAUUGACGGUGAAGCCAGCAUUAUUUUCAAGUCGCCUGGGGUACAUCAUGUAUUCUCUUUUGUAUCAGUGCUGAUGGUCGUUUGAUGUUUUAGACCUGAUGGUAGCGAUUGAAUCAGUAAAACGAUGGGUGUCUGCUGGAAACAAGUAAGAAGGCUUGUGAAAUGGAAAGGUAGUGAGAGAUAUGGUAAGAGGUACAGUCAUCGUUCUAGAAGUGAGACAGUCUUAGUCAUCGCAAACAACGAAUGUACAUGUACAUAUGUACAUAUUCUAUUAUCCUACAUGUAUAUUUGAUUUAUUUAAUUCAGAGGCAGAAUUUUCAUAUUUACGAUGUAAGAGAAAGGGUCUUUUUUCUCUCUAUAUCAUGCAGAUGAUGCGCGAGAAGGAUGUCAUCUUGAUUUUGUAUAGAAUGUAAGUGUUCGUGUUCCCUGAUGUGCAACGCCUCACCUUGACGUCUGCUCACGAUUGGGUGGUUCCAUUUUUGUGGCAAACCUCGCCAAUGCUAGUCAUUACAGAUUUGGUCGAGUCUUUCCAUGAAUUGGUUUUUGCACUUCAGGGUUGACACCAUGUAGUUCUAGAAGUGUUGGGAGUGUGUGAUUGUGUGUGUCUAGCAUCUUUCCCUGAAUAGAUCAUUUCUAAAAUAAAUAACGCCUUGCCCUAUAUUCUAAAUCCCAGGUUAUGUUAAUCACUAAUCUAACUGAUUUAGGUCAAACCUAAGUAAAUCGAGCAACCCAUGUUAUCGUGGUAUUUUGGUACAGUGUAGGCCUUUGAGUAUAAAAAUGGUUGUUACUAUAAUCAACUUCAGUAUUUUGAAUCAAAUUUCUAAUUCCACUUGGGUAAGUGUCGGCGCUCUGAAUUUAAGAAAUCAAAGAAAAUACCAUUUUAUCAUUGUUCAUUUUUUGCCAUAUUUUUCCUAUAUAUUUGUGAAGAAUACUUCUUAUAUAUCAAAUAUUUUAUAAAAUAGUUGUCAUUGUUUGUAUGCUAGAUAAAUCCAUGAAAUUAAAAAACCUUUUUUUUGAGAAUUAAAGUCAAAUCAUGGACAAAUUUUGAGAUAAAUCAACUCAAAUAAAUUGAAAGUUUUAGUUUUUUGGGAGAACUGCCUUUGAUGCUGUUUUAACAUGUGCUACUGAUGUUUGCUCUUUUCUUUUCAUUUUCUAUUGACUCUGUGAGAAACUUGAACCUGCUAGGCCUAAUGUUUGCUGAUGUGUCUGUGUGCAUGGCUAUAUGCGGCUUAUUCCUUCGUGGCGCAUGCACGCUUUGCAAGUGUGGUUUGAAUGUUGGACAGUAGAUGGCGCUAUCUUGCCCGACUGUUGUUGAUCUUUGUUUGAGAUCUGUUACCAUGGGUACGUGUAUGCCUCUGGAUUUUCUGCUAUAAUAGUUAGAUUUUGAAAGGAUAUUUUCUUUGAUUGAAUCAUGGGACCAAACGCUACUGGUCUCAGACUGGGACUUGCUAUUUAGUAUUGUUUAGGCAAUAAAUCAUAAACCUGGAUAUUUCCACGUCUUGGCAGAAUUGUGAAAUUUCCUCAAAUAAAACAUCAUUUUGCAGUUUUGAGGUCUGUUCCAUUGCAUGAGUUGCAUGUAGUACAGUUGAACCUCACUUAGCAAAUGUCUCUCUAUAUCUAGGAAGUACACCCUCGUGAUUAAGUACACAGCCUUAGGUCUUAAAGACACCUCUCGAAUAUGAGGACAGCAUUUGUUAGUCUUAAGGGUGUCCUCGGUAGAGAGGUUCUGCUGUGUUUCCAUACAGCAAGGCCCAUGAGGAGUCACAAUAGUAAAAAUAUCCAGGUUUAUGGUGUACAGGUAUAUGAACAGUUGGCAAUAAUGUUCAUUUGAACAUUUGAACCAGACAAGAUUGGGGGGGUUGAUGUUCUGCCCCCCGCCCGUAGAGUAAUUUGUGGGUAAAAUUUUAAAACAGUUGUGAAUGUGGGUUGACCGCAGCCAGUUAGGUGUUUGUUGGUGGGUCAGACCAGGACACACCUUAGUUUAGUUAAAGUUAUUACUGAGCAUAAAAACUGAUCUGCUUAACUUAAUUUUUCAUGAGAAAAUCUGUAUCUAUAUUUUGUAGGUGUUAUUUAUUUUAGUGGCUGCUGUUGCAUUUGACUAUGGUGAAUAUGAUACAUUUGUCGAUAGCAUUAGAAUUGCUCUAAUUACACAGGGGCACAGUUAUUUGAGGAGUGUUUUUAAGCUGUACACGUUUCAGAAGUUCGUGAAACUUUUUGAAGUAGAGCUGAUAAAUCUGAAACCAAGGGUGAUAGAGUUUGUAACUCUUGGUAAUUCCAAACUUCACAAUAUUGUGUAAUUUUCUCAGAAUAAUUUCUGAAGAUUGGUAAAUUCCUAUGGUUCCUGACUGAUUUUGUACUACUGCCAUAAGAAAUACUACAGCCUUGUACCAUAAUGCCAACUUUUUAAAGUUCAUGGUUACAAAACUUGAUAUGAUUUGUUUGAAAACUUGUCUUUUCUAUCGGAACUUCAGCAUAUCGACUUUACAUAUAUCAACUAUUCCGUGAUUGCCGUUUGAAUUAUUUGAUUUUCUUUGAUUUUAAUUUGCCUUGUAAAAUGAUAACCAGAAGUAUAUGGUAUAAAUUGGCCAAUCAUUAUUUUUGCAUUAUUUGAAUAAUUUUUAGCUACAGCAGCUAUCUGAUUAAUUCGUUUCAACAGAAAGUUGAGUAUUUUACGAACUAUUUACUUUGAGUAACUGUUAUUUUUCUUGAUGGCAAGUUUAUUACCUGAUAGGUGGGCAACUGAUAACAAAGCCAGACAAGUGAGAGUUCUGUUGCUGCAACCUCCGAUGAUUAUUGCAUGUGUCAAAAGUUCCUCUUUUCUCUUCCGCGAUCUUGCAGCAAAACCUAUAUCUUGGUUUUCAACCUAGGUCAAGACCUCAUAUCAUAUUUUGCCCCAAUUGUGUAAACUUUUGUCAGCAGGGUAGAUCACUUUACUCUCGGCUCUACCGAGAACCUCUUGCUGUUUCAUAAAUUUUCAUGAGUCUAGUGGUCCAGAGUGAACCAUUAUUACAUUUUCUGAUGAGAUGGGUGUUCAUUUAGUAAUGUCUGAGUGUAUUGUUAACACUGCCUGAAAAAUGUCAUGAAGCAUUCAACAGAUGCAACUGUCAAUAGUGUGUCUUGAACCUGUCCUCCUUACGAGCCUGACCAAGAUAAGACUUCAAUAUCUUGUAAUAAAGCCACGGCAAUUACUGAUCACCAAAAUAAAUGAUCAGCAAAUUAUCAUCCCUUGCCUAAAGACUCUGCGAAGGUGGUGGUGGUGGUGUACAAGACUACCAUUGACAGUUGCUUGAAGGUUAGGAGAUAUUGGUGUUUAUUAAAAUGUGCUAUUGUCAUGUACAUGUACGAUGGAUGUCGUGGCAAACUACUGAAUAUCUUCAACAUGUUCAAAUACUAUUCGUGUGUAACCAAUACCAGUUAACUCUAACGUGAUCGUGAUUCUUUUUUAUUUCGAUGAGGCAGCAAACAUUGAAGUAAUAAUGCAUUUUCAACAUCAACAUAUCCAUUGGCAUUGAUGCGUGUACGUCGUGCUGUCACUUGUAUUGUAAGUUUGCGGAGUAGUUGACUGUACUGUGUUGUACCAUAGGUGUUUCUCAUAUUUCAUCAAGUGUAUUUUGAGCGGGACACUUUCAACUGGAAACUAUUCUUUAGGAAUUCAGUCCUAUGCCAUUGAAUAGAAAAUGCUUUAGGUUGAAAAUACCACUUAUCAUGUUAUACAUCGAAAAAUAUCAAGCGAUCACUAUACUAUCAUGAAUGAUUUCGUAUAUGCGGUGGUCGAUUCUCUUUUCCUUCUCAACUUUAUUUUUUGUCAUGCACCGAAUUUUAAAGGAGCCAAAUUUUGGAAAUUUGCAAGUACAUGUAGAAGAAUCCUUUGACUUCAUAACUCCAGUGCAAGGGAAGCUGCUUGAUAACCUUUUAAACUUGGAAAUUAUGGACUUCUUUGCUAAUUUGUCUUUUCUCCUUCUCCAAUAAGUUGAAGUGUCUCUAAUAAAUUGUCACGGUACUGAGUGUACUAAUAAUUCUCAUCCAUUGUAGUUCUCUCUUUCUACAACUUCAUCAGUCAUGUUAUAAACGAGCGGCGUGCAAAAUAUCCUGUGCCCAAAUAUCGUCCAAAUAUUCAUAAUUGUCCCGGUUAAUACCAAAGUUAUGCAAAAAAUACAACGGUGAAACCUAACCUCACUCCCAGGUGUUUGAAUGGUGUUUUAAACUUCUAGGAUGAGGCUUAGGCGAGGUAGUAAUUUACAAAACAAAAUGGCAGCACUAUUUUGGAAUCGUAAUGCAGAUAUUUUCUGUUGAUUGAUUUUCAGACACCAGUCCAGACUUUUGUAUCUUGGAGGUCUGAGAAUUUGUUGAGUAACCGUCUAAUUUUGAACAGGUAUACCUUGCCUGCUUUUUACCCCAUUAUACACAACAUAGAUGUUGUGGUGAUGUCAAAAACUGUAUCCGUGGUUACUUCUAGUUCUGUGACCUUGACCUCUUGGGUGUAAUGUAUGAUGUUGUGGUGCAGUAGAAACUCCCAAAAGGAAAAUGUUCAGGAGCAGUUUUGAACAUUCCUCAUUUAACAACUAGCAAACACUACUGGUCAAUUUCCACUCUGGCAUGACAGAUAAACUCCUAAAAUCUUUACAUUUAGUCAUAGCUUAUGACUCGUAAAUCUUGAAGACUUUGUUUCGCACAUUCUCACGGAUUACUGCUCUCAAAUAUUUUCCGGGGUGACGUGGUGUAGAUGUGGCUAUCUAAACACCAGCUAGCGCUACUCAGCAAUCAGCCAUUAAGAUUAAUGUCCUUGUGUCUUUAGUCGAUGAAGGUCGAGAAGUUAAAGUCAGUGCAUUCGAUCAUCUGAGGAACUCCUUUCAAAAUCAUUUGAAAAUGCCACGAUUCACUCAAGGUGAUUAAGCUUUGCCUUCAUACCCCUUGCUGUUAAAAUAACAUUAUCUACCGCCACUAGUGAAUAGUCCCAUAAACCUCAUCUACUGUUACUAGUACUUAAGUCCCAUAAGUUCAUUUCAUUAUCCUUGACCAGAAUAGUUCUCGUGGAGUCCCACAAUAGGUUGAAAGGAGUUCAUCAAGACUGUCAAAAGCUGAAUGCUGAUGAUUCUCCUUGAUGUUCUGUGCGGUGAGUCAUGUAUUAAUUUGCUUGGUGGAACAGACUUACUUUACAGUAAAUAAUCCGUAGAAAACAAUGUACAUGCAGUCAUGUGUAUCAGUGUUUGCAAUGUUAGCAACUGUGUCCUGUUC